GUGCUUCUCCUCCUCGAUCCCUCGAGUACCCGGGAGGGCCGCGUCUUUGGCUGGAGGGUGAAAUGGAACCUCUCCCGGGGUGCUCGGAGAGAGUCCCUUUGGGGCAGCGCCCCCCCUUCCGGAGGGCAGCAUCCUGGUGGGGGUGGGGGCUCAGCUUUGAUCCCAGGGCACCUUUUGUCCCUGGAGACGCCCUGCCAACCAGGUAUGUGGAGGUAGAAAUGAUGGAAGAAUUGCAUAGCCUGGACCCACGACGGCAGGAAUUGUUGGAGGCCAGAUUUACUGGAGUUGGUGUUAGUAAAGGGCCACUCAAUAGUGAGUCUUCCAAUCAGAGCUUGUGCAGCGUGGGAUCUUUGAGUGAUAAAGAAGUAGAGACUCCAGAGAAAAAGCAGAAUGACCAGCGAAACCGCAAAAGAAAAGCUGAACCAUAUGAAACGAGUCAAGGGAAAGGCACUCCUAGGGGACAUAAAAUUAGUGAUUAUUUUGAGUUUGCUGGGGGAAGCGGGCCAGGAACCAGCCCUGGCAGAAGUGUUCCACCAGUUGCACGAUCCUCACCGCAGCAUUCCUUAUCCAAUCCCUUACCGCGGCGUGUUGAGCAGCCCCUUUAUGGUUUAGAUGCCAGCAUUGCCAAGGAGGCGCCGGAGGAGCAGUCUGCUCUGCCAACCCUAAUGUCAGUGAUGCUGGCAAAGCCCCGGCUCGACACAGAGCAGCUGGCACAGAGGGGAGCUGGCCUCUGCUUCACUUUCGUUUCCGCUCAGCAAAACAGUCCCUCUUCUACAGGAUCUGGCAACACAGAGCAUUCCUGCAGCUCCCAAAAACAGAUCUGCAUCCAGCACAGACAGACCCAGUCUGACCUCACAAUAGAAAAAAUAUCUGCACUAGAAAACAGUAAGAAUUCUGACUUAGAGAAGAAAGAAGGAAGAAUAGACGAUUUGUUACGAGCCAACUGUGAUUUGGGACGGCAGAUUGAUGAACAGCAAAAGAUGCUAGAGAAAUACAAGGAACGAUUAAAUAGAUGUGUAACAAUGAGCAAGAAACUCCUUAUAGAAAAGUCAAAACAAGAGAAGAUGGCAUGCAGAGAUAAGAGUAUGCAAGACCGUUUGAGGUUGGGUCACUUUACCACUGUCCGACAUGGGGCGUCUUUUACGGAACAAUGGACAGAUGGCUAUGCUUUUCAGAACCUGAUCAAGCAACAGGAAAGGAUAAAUUCACAGAGGGAAGAAAUAGAAAGACAACGGAAAAUGUUAGCAAAGCGGAAACCUCCUGCCAUGGGCCAGGCCCCUCCAGCAACCAAUGAGCAGAAACAGCGGAAAAGCAAGACCAAUGGAGCUGAAAAUGAAACGUUAACGUUAGCAGAAUACCAUGAACAAGAAGAAAUCUUCAAACUCAGAUUAGGCCAUCUUAAAAAAGAGGAAGCUGAGAUCCAAGCCGAGCUGGAAAGGCUAGAAAGAGUUAGGAAUCUACAUAUCAGGGAAUUAAAAAGGAUACAUAAUGAAGACAACUCACAAUUUAAAGAUCACCCAACGCUAAAUGACAGAUAUUUGUUGUUACAUCUUUUGGGUAGAGGCGGUUUCAGUGAAGUUUACAAGGCAUUUGAUCUAACGGAGCAAAGAUACGUAGCUGUGAAAAUUCACCAGUUAAAUAAAAACUGGAGAGAUGAGAAAAAGGAGAAUUACCACAAGCAUGCGUGUAGGGAAUACCGGAUUCACAAAGAACUGGAUCAUCCCAGGAUAGUUAAGCUGUAUGAUUACUUCUCACUGGACACUGACUCGUUUUGUACAGUAUUAGAGUACUGUGAGGGGAAUGAUCUGGACUUCUACCUGAAACAGCACAAGUUAAUGUCAGAGAAAGAGGCCCGGUCCAUUAUCAUGCAGAUCGUGAAUGCUUUAAAGUACUUAAAUGAAAUAAAACCUCCCAUCAUACACUAUGACCUCAAACCAGGUAAUAUUCUCUUAGUAAAUGGUACCGCGUGUGGUGAGAUAAAAAUCACGGAUUUUGGUCUUUCCAAGAUCAUGGAUGAUGAUAGCUACAACUCAGUGGACGGCAUGGAACUAACUUCGCAAGGUGCUGGUACUUACUGGUAUUUACCACCGGAGUGUUUUGUGGUUGGGAAAGAACCACCAAAGAUCUCAAAUAAAGUUGACGUCUGGUCAGUGGGUGUCAUCUUCUACCAGUGUCUCUAUGGAAGGAAGCCUUUUGGCCAUAACCAGUCCCAGCAAGACAUUCUACAAGAGAAUACUAUUCUUAAAGCUACUGAAGUGCAGUUUCCGCCAAAGCCAGUAGUAACACCUGAAGCAAAGGCGUUUAUUCGACGGUGCUUGGCCUACCGAAAGGAAGACCGCAUCGACGUCCAGCAGCUGGCCUGUGACCCCUACUUGCUGCCUCACAUCCGAAAAUCGGUCUCCACCAGUAGCCCUGCUGGAGCUGCUAUUGCAUCGACUUCUGGGGCGUCCAAUAACAGUUCUUCAAAUUGAGACCAACCCGUGGGCCACAAACUGUUCAGCACAAAGGGACAAAUGGCAUUCAGCAGCGGGUUUGGAACAUAGCGAAUCCAAAUGGAUCUCAUGAAACCUGUACCAGGUGCUUUUAUUUUCUUGCUUUUUCCCAUCCAUAGAGCAUGACAGCAUCGAUUUCUCACUGAGAAGAAACCUGCGGCAGCUCUGGCCAGGCCUCCUAGGAAAAGGCCUGCCCGGAGCCCCAUCAAACAGCCACUGUGUGUGGCUGUGCUGAGUUGAGGAAAAAUGUAAAAGAAAAACUGGUUCCAUGUACUGUGAACUUGAAACCAUGCAGACUCAGGGGGUGUCCCUGAUGCAGUGCUUCAGAUGAAGAAUGUGGACUUGAAAAUACAGACUGGGCUAGUCCAGUGUCUAUAUUUAAACCUGUUCUUUUCUUUAAUAAAGUUUAGGUAACAUCUCCUGAAAAGCUUGCAGCACAAAGGCUCAGCUGGGUGGGGGGGUGUUUGACUUCAGAGGAAAAAUGUUAUUAUUACCCUUUAAAGGGACUAGAGUUAGUGUUUGAUCCCUAAAUAAUUUCAAUUUUUAAAAACACGCAGCUCCGCCCCUCCCCCCUUUUAAUUUUGAAAGCGUGCAUUUGGUCAUAAAGUGAAGCCCAUGUUAGCAAGGACGUGGUGAUGUUCGUUCCAUUCACAUGCAGCGUCUUCCUCCUUGUCUGCUCUGUGUGCUCUGGGGCAGGUCGAGGGGGGUGCUCAGUGGCUUUGCCCGUGGACAAAGCGUGAGGUUAGAAGGCUGCAGCUUGGAGUCACUAGGGUUGCAACUAUUUCUUCACAAUUUGAACACUUGACACGGUUGUCCCUUUUAAUUUAUUUGAAGUGCUAUUUUUUUAAAAUAAAGGUUCAUCUGUCCAUGCAGUCCUCCUGGAUUCUCUGAGGGUAAUGGCUGUGGAAACUGGGCCAAAGACAGCCAGGAACCAGGCUGGGGAGUCAGGCGCACCAGGGACCAGCCCCUCCUACCCCGGCUGUUGUGCUUGUCCACUGGGGUAGUUCUUGUGAACCACGUGCUCAAGCGUGAUCAGCACAUAAGCUUUCCUCUGUUAGAUCUUUUGGCAGGAACCCACCUCCCCCCCAGUUCUCUAGACCUGUGAAUGUGUGCCCAGUGUGUGUGUGUCUCCGUGUGCACGUGCACACACACUGACUCACUGGCAUAGCUUCAUCAAGUGGAAUUAACGAAAUAACCUCAAGGGAAAUAAGUAUCUCAAAUAAGAACAUUCUUUUUUUUAAAAAAAAACAACAAAAAUUGCUUGUUUUGAGAUGUAUGAUCAUUUGAAGAUGAAGCUGAAACGGGAGACGGUGGCCCCACCAUGCCCUCGGAGCAGCGCUCGGCAGCAGGGACGGAAGGAGGCCAGAGCUGCACAUGUGGUAGCCAGCUUGGAAUGUUACUGACAUAUGUGGCAAGAGGGCUGAGCCAGAAAUAUUUAAAGAUGCAGCAUCCAGGGCGGUAGGGAGGCGGGAGACCAGUCAGGAGAUGGUGAGAGCGCUUGCGAGAGCUAGGAUUUCUAGGCCUUUUAGUUUAUGAGUCUGCCCUUCGCAGUCUGAGGCCAUCCCUGAGUUUUCCAAAGAGGAUCUCUGAAUGGAAGGAAGUCGGGCCCAGAACUCUGUGUCCCCAGGUCUCCUCUGUUUUCUCGCAGUUGUGUGUUGGUGUGCGUGUUUUUAUGUGUACACACACAAGCACACAUCUUUUUUUAAAAGCGGGGGUGGGAGUGGGGAGAAAUGGGCGGGGCUGUUGCCUCCCAACUAUCAGGCACAGAAAACACAGGAGGGGUCUCCCAGGUUGAGCAUAGUGCUGAAAGGACGGUGUGUGCAAAUGUGAAGAGAGCCGUUUUUAAACACACAAGUAAGUUCUAUUCCCCCUUGAAUGAACUUGUCGAUAUUUUUCCUUUCAGUAAAAAAAGAAAAAUUUUUUUUAAGGCUGACAAAAUGCAUCUUUAAGCUUUCCAUCUACCUUCCUGUCCUCCGCUCCCCGCUGGGCACAUCCUUUCAGCUGCAGGGCUUCUGUUGAUCCCCCUCUGGGAGCCGGGCCCUGGGCCUGGCUGGGCUGCCCAGCUUGGCUGGGGCUGGGCAGGGCCUCGCCCCACACCGAGUCGAGGCCUGGCGGACACGCGGGGCGCUGACCUUCUUGUAGUCUGGUUUUUCGCCAGUGAAAUCACUGACUGGAGUUCUUCCAUGACUUAUUUUGUUAAUGUGGGUUUCAAUUUUCCCAAGGAUAGUCCCUCAUUGCCACAAUGUUCAUUUCCUUUAAACAAUGGCAACAACAAAAGUGUAUUAAUUUGUAAUUAAAUUCAGCCAGACUGUUUUGGCCUUUCCCAACAUGGGGGCAGGGUGGGGAAAGGAUAUUAAAAUGAGUUUUAAGACGUGAA